UAAUUGGCUGGUAACUAGGAAGUUGUUUGAAUAAUUUUAGGGGCGGGAAACGUAUAUCUUUUGUUUUUAUUUCGCACUGCAGAACUAGUUAUACGUUUGAAGAAGCUGACUUUAGGGGAAGAGUUCAUUGUUUUAUUUGCCAUGUGUGAAAAGAUUAAGAAGGUGAACAGCUGGCUCAGCACAGUGUUUGGAGAUCAGCCAGUGCCACAGUUUGAGGUAAACAUCAGGACGGUGGACAUACUGUACCAGUUGGUUCAGUCCAGUGAAGCCAGGUGCAGUGAAACAGCUCUCUGCAUUGAAGACAUCAAGCAGAAAAUAUCAGAGUAUCAAGCUGAUGGUGCUCAUCUCCAAGAUGUUCUUUUACAAGGUGUUGGGCUGUCCUGUGCAAGCUUGGCAAAGCCUGCUGCUGACUACCUGUGUGCUUUGGUGGACAAUGCCAUGGUGCUUGGAGUGAGAGACACGUCACUGGGCAGCUUCAUGCCAGCAGUGAACAACCACACCAACGAACUUGUGGAAACAGAGAAGUCGAACAGAAAACUUGAGCGGGAACUCAGGGCCCUUAGAAGGAGACUUGGUGCUACUCUGGUGCUGCGGAGCAGCUUACAAGAGGAUAUCAACAAAACUGUUAAGUCCCAGGCAGUGGAGAGCGCUAAAGCAGAGGAGAGACUGCUCAACAUGGAUUUUGUGAGAGCAAAGGCCAAAGAGCUAAGAAUCAAACGGGAGAGGGCAGAGGCUCAACUUGUGUCCAAGAACAUGGAUGGGUCUGUCACCCACCAGGCUGUUGUGCAGCUCGCUGAGGAAGUCACUGCACUGAAACAAGAAAUAAUCCCCUUGAAAAGGAAACUGGAGCCUUAUAUGGACCUCAGCCCGAGCCCAUCACUUGCUCAAGUGAAAAUAGAAGAAGCAAAAAGAGAACUGGCUGCACUCGAUUCCCAACUUGAGAUGAAUGUGGAUUUCAAGUGACAAUUUUUGCAGGGUUAAACUUUUUCUCAUUUUGAACUGUACAUUUUCUGUGUUUGAAAAAAUAAUAAAGGAAUAGC